GGCCUCCUUGCACUGCUUCAGCUCGGCGUGGCCUGGGCCCAUGGCGCCCCCCAACUGCUCAGCUGCCAGCACUGCAGUGGAGACAGCCGUGGGCACCAUGCUGACGGUGGAGUGUGCUCUGGGGUUCACAGGCAAUGCCAUCGCCCUGUGGACCUUCAUCUACCGUCUCAGAGUGUGGAAGCCUUACGCCGUUUAUCUGUUCAACCUGGUGAUGGCUGACCUGCUGCUGGCCACCUGCCUGCCACUCCUCGCCGUCUUCUACCUGAAGGGCAAGACCUGGGAACUCGGCCAUGCCCCCUGCAACCUCCUGCUCUUCCUGCUGGCCUUCAGCCGCGGUGUGGGGGUGGCCUUCCUGACAACGGUGGCUCUAGACCGGUAUCUGCGUGUGGUCCAUCCUCGGCUCAGGGUCAACUUGGUGUCUCCAAGGGCAGCCUGGGUCAUCUCUAGCCUAGUAUGGCUUCUUAUGGUUGCCCUCACUCCCCAAAACCUGCUUGCUCAUAAGGCUACCCAGAAUUCCACUGAGUGUCCCAGUUUCUACCCCAUAGGAGAGAGCACCUGGAAGGAGGUGUUCUUCUUCCUUCAGCUCCUGCUUCCCUUUGGCCUCAUCGUCUUCUGCAACACUGGGCUCAUCAGAACCCUCCAGGAGAGACUCCGAGAGUCUGACAAACAGCCCAGGUUCCGGAGGGCCAGGACGCUGGUUGCCAUAGUGCUGGUGCUGUUUGGACUGUGUUUCCUGCCUUGUGUCCUGGCCAGAGUCCUGGUGCAUGUCUUUCGGGAAUUUGAGAGCUGCCUUGUCCAGCGAGCCAUAGUGCAGGCCUCGGACAUCGCCGGCAGCCUCACCUGCCUGCACAGUGUAUUGAGCCCGGUCAUUUACUGCUUCUCCAACCAGGCCUUCACCCACUCAUACCGGAAGGUGCUCAGAAGCCUGCGAGGGUGGAAAAAGGCAGAAGAGCCGGCUGUCUCCAACCUCAGAGACUCCUACUCCUGAUGACUAUUGAAAUCCUCAGCUCGCCUUUGUUUGGGCACCACCUCGAAUCUAAAUAAUAAUCCAGUUAACCUCAGGGUCAGAAGAGAACAACGGUGGUACCUCCCCUGGUUUGCCCCUGCUUUUGUCACACUGCAGGGUGGCAGACUUGAAUCACGCAGGCAGAUCCUGCUUCCUUUGCGCGGCGGCCGUCCAGGUGAAGGUGCCGGGCUGAGAGAAGUUGAGCACUUCUGUACAUCCCCACGGGGAGAUUCCAAGGCACUAUGACCACGGAGAAGGCUGCUCUUGCUCCAGCACGGGUCGUGUUCUCUUUCCACGCUUCAGUUCUCCAGAGUGACAAACUGCUUUCUUCUUACCCACCGUGGAGCGCAGAACAGCGGACGCCAGCAGUCCCCAAGGCUCUGAAGAGGCCGCAGGUUGUAUUCUGCUUUUAUAAAACUCUCCUUUGCUUUUAGAGGAUGUACAGAGUGUCAAAGACAGUUCAGCUAGCUACCUCUUUCACUGCAGAAAAUACCUGGUAAUUGCCUCAAAACUGACCUGGAAGUUGCUUAACUUUUAAUGUCUGGAUGCUUUUGACUUUCCCUGCCCUGCUUUGAAAGAGACGCCACAUCUUUAUCCUAGUCCUGGGGAAAGGCGCUUGCUUUUGAACUGGUGCCUGAAGCAAGACCCCAGGGGAACCUAAAGGCUGGCUGACUGUGGCACGGGACUGCUGUCACCUCGGUCCUGGAACACAUAGGCCGGGGACAGCUGGUGAGCAGGAGGACUUGAAAACCAGUCUCCUCGCUGCUUCAACUCUGUUUCCACUCUCCUCUCCAGAAAGGCAGCUAAGAACAAGGAAUCCUCACAAUGCCUGUGAGGGCAUCUGCUGCCAAUGGCCAGGUAUUCACACGGGCACCCUAUGGUGUACCCUGCUUGAUGACAAAGCUGAUGGCAUUGGUGACACCAUGUCCACUCACAGGCUUCCUUGCCUUCUUGGCAGAUUCGUUGUCAGGACCCACGUGCUGAGACAUUAUGCAGAAGGAUAGAAAAGUCCCAUAGACCAUGGCGGCCUAUCAGACACAGUGUUCCCGGGAAUGAGGACCGUGCAGCAGCAACUCUGUUUUCCAGGAUUUAUUUCCUCCUAAGAGAGCAGACUGUCACAGGCCUGAGACAGAACUGUGGCCUGACCAGGAUGUGACUGAAGUCUGCUGGAUGCAUUGGUGCUGUGCCCACUUUCUUCCCUUUCAACGGAGGAAAAGCAACUCCAGCUCUCUCCUCCCCACCAGCAUGCAUCCAGCAGUUUAAACGAUGCUUUAAAAAUUCCUGUGUUUAACACAAGCGUAUUCUUUGUUAUGUUGUUAUUGCUGGCAUAAGAGGAGUCCCAGCCCUCUCCCACUUUUGGACUUCGGAGUCUGUGACUGUGCUUGUGACAGGCAUUGCGAAUGUGAUGGCGUCGUCUGAACACGGUUGUCAUCUACAGUGGCAGGAGCUGCACAGCAGUCCGCCCCUAUGGCUUGUGAAAGCUUUGCCAGUCAGGUGUGGGGAGGUCUAGGGUCACAGCCUUCCCAGUCUGGGAAGCCCAAGACUUCGAGCUUCCUGUCUUGAGCUCCGGUGCUGCUGGCCCUGCCGACCUCUGCCUCUGUCCUGGGUGCACGUCAGUAAGAAGGGUGACUUUGGGACAUCCUCAACACAGCAUCCCUACCCUCAGGGUGCUGUUUUCUGUCCCCACAGUGGCCACUGAGGAGGAAACCCUGGUGCCUUAGCCAAGCAGGGACACUUCACUCAGGUGGAGGAGAUGGGCAGGGUCCAAUCUUAGCAAGUCUCCUCUCCCGUGAAUCCAUUCCUGUGUAGCCCCGGCUGAGAAUGGCUGGUUUGAUGGCUAAGUGAGACCUUGGAGAUAGCAUCUUCCUCAGUCUCUUGGAUCUAUGACCUGGGACGAGAUGCCUUACUGCUUUUGUCUGUCCCAUCGUCAAAAUAAGGGAAAAAUAACAUCUACAGGGCAUCCUUGUGGGGAUGAAACGACACUCCAGAUUUGUCGUGCAGAGACUGUCACGCUGCAGUCACUCAGGGGACGCUCAUUUGAUCGUCACUUAUUUCUGUUUUCCUUGCUGACUUCCCAACCCACUGUGGGCCUUGGGGACAUUGUUUCUCAACUGCAUGUCCUCACCCAGACCCCACUACACAACGGGUGCUCAGGGAUGCGAGUCGUGUAAAGUUCAUUUAAUUAAAGGCUCCCCGUUCCUCAUAAACAUAAUGGUCUCGCCUGGCUUCAUCUCUGAAGGCUGGUGAGGGUGUGAGGACUUGGAAUCCCUGUACAGCAUUGCUGGGGAUGUCCCAGGUUGGGACAGCUGUCUCUGAGGACAUCACCCUGGGUCACAGAUGGAUUCGUUGUGAACGCACCUUCCAGGGUAGCCUUCCCAUAAACUGUCUGAGUGAGGAAUGACCCAAAAGGAAAGUAGGGGUGGUCAUAAACAAGAGGUCUCAGGGCCUUAGCUGUGGCUGGUGACAGUGCUGUGCCUUCUUUUUGUCUCAGGGGCAGGACCACAGACUCUGUGAGCUAGCAGCUCUUCACUCUUCUUGAUUCUUGAAUUUCUGGGAAAGACUGCACAAUGCUAGCACUGUAACUGUUAGGCCUUCUGUUGAUCUUGCGAUGUCUCUGAUUCCCUGGAUCUCAGCCAGGCCUGUACGUCCUGCACUCACUCAUAGGCUCUUGGGCCACUUCUGCCUCUUGACUGUUGUGCACCUUUCUGGAUGACACAGGUGUGCAGAUAUCCCGUAGCCCUGCUUACAGAUACGGAGUGGAAGUUCUGCAUCCCGUGGCAAUUCCCUUUAAUGUUUCAAGGGUCUGCUCUGUUGUCCCAGGGGCCACAUCUCUUUUACAUCCCCAGCAAUGCUGUCCAGGGAUCCCAACCCCUCACCACUCUCACCAGCUUAUUAUAGAGCAGCUGCAGACAGCAGGACAUGGGUUUUCUUCCUGGGAGUCUGAAAUGCUACCUAGGAAGACUCAGAAGAAAUCCCAGAGCCAGCCCUUGGUUAACAAUGAAUUUGUUGUUUACUUGUGUUUGCUCUCUGUUGUCUCAGUCUGUCUGGGCUGACAGAACAAAGCACCCACACCUGAGGAGGCAAAGCCUGCUGGCUCACCAUUCUGGAGAAAACCCAGACUGAGACACUGGCAGACCAGGCUGACUGAGGGCUGUUCUUGUCUCUAGAGAUGGCAACUUGCAGCUGUGUUUUCUUCUGACUGGAGGAGCCUGGGAGCAUCCAUGAGCCUUGAGUGUAAUGGCAUUGGGCUGGUUAAUUCUAACUUUCAACUUGAUACAAGUUAGAAUCAACUGGGGAGAAACUCUUAAUGAAAAAUUACCUGGAUCAGAUUGGCCUAUGGACGUGCCUGUGGGGUUAUCUUGAUUGUUAAUUGAUGAAGAAGACCCAGCCCAUUGUGGGCAGCACCAUCCCCUAGGCAGGAGGUCUGAAUGGUAUAACAAUAAAGAAAGCCAGCUCAGAGCUAGCAAGGAAGUGAGAUCCACGUAUUUAUUCUCAUUUUGCUCUUGAUGGUGGAUGUCAUGCUUUUAAAUUACUUUCUCAACUUCCCCACAGUACUAGACCAUAACCUGGACUUGUCAGUCAAACCAAACCUUGCUCCCUUGACUUGCUUUUAGUCAGAGGACUUCCCAUAGCAUCAGAAGUGAAGCUAGAGCAGGUGCUGAUCUCAUGUAACUCUUGAGAGGUGCCUGCCUCCUGUGCCCUCCUUCCUCACAGUACCAUCUGGGUCUCACCCUGACUCCCCCUUGAGGACAGUCUGCGGGUAUCUGUGGCUUGAGUCCUAUUUAGCUCUAUGAUAGGAGUGAUACCAUCCUCCAUGGUCCUGCUCGGACUUAUAGGCCCUUUGAGACAAGUGUUAAGGCAUGAUAGCAAACUCCAGCCAGCCAGUUAGAACCCACAAAGGACCUGUCCUGUCUGCUCUCAGUCCAGACCUGCCUCAGGUCAAGAGAUUGGGAGUCUGUGUUUGGGACUGCAACCAAAGGCCAGCCACCCUCUCUGCCUUCCCUAUGGGGAAUGUGCUGCACUUCCCAGAAGUUCUAGGAGGGCCUGGGCUUUGACACAAUGAAGAAGUGCUGGCCUAGGAGAUGCCAGCUUCUAAAUAUGGCUCUCAAUGCAACCCUUUGUCCACGGUUUUUAAAGUGAUUCUGCAGCCCUCAUGUGUGAAAUCCAUCACAUCCAUCAGGGUUUGUCCCCAGGGACCUCACUCAGUAAUUGUCCUAGACCCCACUAUCCAGCUACCAGAGGCAUCGCCAAGCAAGGACACCCAGAAAAGUACAAAGGCAUCCAGAGGAUGACAUACUGGAUCCAGUUUGACUGUCCAUGAUUAUGAGACUGAGAUCUCCCUCUCUUAGCCAAAAAAAUGGAGGUUUGCUUUAGGAGUAUAGGAUGAACAGUGCACACCAUAGACUAAGGUAGCACAGUAUGGGGAGGGAUGGGAUAGCAAUCCCUGUGAGAGGGAAGGUGCCUCCUGCCAGUCACCAUUGUCCCCACAUAUAUCCUCAUAGCUUUCUUUAGAGGUUCAAUGAUUUUGCAUCUCGCACAGCUUUGGUAAUUUUCCUCUGUCUCUGCAUGACUUGGACCAGCAGGUCCUUCUUCAGUGAUAGGGUCCUAAGUGGCAGGACUGGAGAUUAGAAGAUAAGAAGUUUGAACUGUUUGGAAUUGGGACUAA